UGAUUUUCCGAUCAUGAUCGACGACACUUCAUCGGAUGAUGUUUACUAUAGAUCAAAAAGUUCGGUUGGGAAUAUUCCGUUCAUGUGGGAAUCUCAACCAGGCACACCUAAAUACAAAUCCAGCUGGCGGCCGGAAUCUCCGUUACUAAUCCCUCCUCUAACACCUCCACCUUCAUUCCAUUCCAGCCCGGCCGCCGUCUCCGCCAAAAAGAAUCAUAGUCAACGCAAAAAAAACAACCUCGUACCGAGUGUUCUUCUCCCCAAGCUCAAGCUCAAUAACCAGUCCCCACCAUCAAGGUCAACAUCUUCUUCAUCCUGGUCAACGAGCUCGUCGUCUCCGCUGAGUAGUAGCAGUACUACUCCGAAACAACGUAGGGUUCGGAGUUGUUCUUCUCCUAGGAGGAUGACGUCAUCGUUUGAUGAUUCCAGGAUAGAAGAGCAGCAGGGUCAUGAAUCACGUGCUGAGUCACCGGUUUCCACGUCAUCCUAUGGUCAAAGCAUUAAUGGCAGGUCAAGUGGUUGCUAUUCAAGUAUUAUUAGGCUGCUCUAUGCUUGAUUUCAUUCUUGUCGUAAAUUACGUUCAUCCCUGAGGUAAGGUCAAAUUAUGAGAAAAAAAUAAAAUA